CUACAGAGAGUGCAAAGGCCUCUGUACUUUUGAGGAUUUCUUGAAGCUGAAGGUUCUCCAUCUCCAAGAUAAAACUAAGGGAUUACCAGUCAUCCUUGUAACCCCGAUGUCUUGUCCCGUCCUGUCCUGUCCACCGUUGAGUCCGCCUUGGGCCCAGAUUAGCGACAACGCCAACCUAAACGUCCAAACACAACCCCGAAGGGCCCUGUGGGUCACACAGAGGAAUCAGAUGUCACCACCUAAAGGGCAGGACCUAGGAGAGUCGGAAUUCAGAUCCAAAGCAGCCAAGCAUGCGGUGCCAGUCUUUUUAAAAGAGACGCAGGAGAUUCCAACUUUCAUGUAAACGUUCCUUUAUUUUUAAGGUAGGAGCUGACCCAAGCUGCACCUGGCUUUAGCCAAGUCAUCCAGUACUUGCCCCAGUCUCCAGGAGAAUUAAUUGUGUGGGCAACCCUCAGUUGCGACUCAGCCCUCAGGUCGGCCAGCACAGCUGCACUACGCCUGCGCCGGCUCUCCUGGAGCAAGCACCGCCCUGUCUGCCAACAACGCAGCCUUCCGUUGCCAUGGAGCUGCGGGCCCAAACUACGCAGCCUCAGAUCCACGGUGGGCGAGAGGCAGCGGGCCGUUAAGGGGACAUCGUUAAGGGGACAUUUCUGAGGGCCUGGUGCCAAGAAACUGUUUCUCCGGGGCCACUGCUGAGGAAGUCAGCGAGGAUCUGUUUCCGGGUGGGGGGACCCUUCUGCGGGACCACUGCCUAGGGGUCAUUUGGGAGGGGCUGUUGCUAAGGGGCCGUCUCCAGGGACCAUUUUUAGGGGCUGUUGCUGAGGAGCCACUACGGAGGAGCGGUUCCUGAGGGGUCUGGGCAACAGUCCGUUCCUGGGGGACCUUUGCUGAAGUCUCAUCGCUGAGGGACGUUCCUGGACUGGCCAGAGAGUUAAUUUCUGACUCCCAGUAUGGAAGAACCUACUACCCUGUUUUCCGAUGAGGACCUGGUGGACAGCCUCCCUCCCAUAGACGAUGAAAGAAUCCAGUUGGAGGAUCCAGAGUUUGAGAUGGAACCAUUUCUUCUGGGAUUUGAGGACACUGUUCGCCUAGGAUGCUGCUGUCCAGCAAAAGAAGAGGAGGUGACUGCCGAGAAAACGAAGAAGGCGACCACCAAAGACAGAGUCCAGGCGUUUCACCUUCGGAAAAGCUUGAACCUCCUGGACAAGCUGCAUGAGGAGAAGGACCUUUUUAUUCAGAAGACUCGAGGGGAGCUGCGUGUCUGUCAUCAGAGGAUGGACCUCCUCACCAAACAGCAGGAGAGCUUGGCAGCUGAGAUCGCCACAGAGAGAGAAGCCAACAACAUGGCUGCUAUGGGUCGUCUCCAGGCUGCAUCCAGACGCCUUCACACAGAGCUGGAGAAUGAGAAAGAUCUGCAGUCCAAAAUCACAGCCAUGCUGAAGGACAGCGAGAAUGCCAUGUGGCACAUUGAGAUCCAGAAGGGCCUAUUUGAGGAUGUCCGGAAGCGUAAUGAAGAAGAAGCAGAAGCUAGGCAGAGGUCCCUUGAGAUACACGCAGCCCAACAGCUUCAAAAGGAGAAAGAAACCUUGGAGAAGGUGGAGAGGAACCGUCUGCUGAGGGCCCGGAAGUCCUUGCAUGUGCAGAAGGAGCUGGGGCUGAGACAUCAGAAACUGGUGGAAGAUGCCCAGAGAAACCACAGGGUGGCUGUGAAGUUCCUGAAGGCCUCUCUGGGAAGAGUUCGGGAGCGAGAGCAGAAGGAGGAGAUGGAGUCCCGCAGGCACAUGAAACGGCGCAUGGAUGCUGUGCUGGCACUGAAGAACAACAUCACUGCCAGUCGGGAAACACUAAAGAAGUUCCAAGCAUGGGGCCAAAGCAGGGCAGAGGUGGCUAAGCAGAAGGCCCUUACAGAGAAGGAAGCGAUCCUGGCCCAAGGUGGAGAUGCAUUCAAGCACCUUUUUCAUCAGCGUAGGCACCAGGAACUGGAAGCCCAGAGGCGGGCUUUUGAAGAGGAGCAGAAACUCCGGAAGCAGGAGAUUGUAAGUCGAAUCUUGAAAGAGGAAGCUGAGGAAGAACAUAGGAAAAAGAGACAGCACCCACCCUCUAAAAUCACAGACCAGUGGACUCUGAGAGACAAGACCUGGAAGUAUAUCUCUGACUUUUGUGAAGGGAAGACUGCCAUAACCACAAAUCACCUGCUGGAAAAUGAGAUGGCAUUACACCCCAAGCCUUCCUGUCUAUUGAAAGUCAUAUCCAGUGAGUCCAUGCAGAUGGACCUGGGAAGCAUUAGUACUGAGGAGGAGAUACUGGCUGAACCAGAUAUCCCCGGGCUUUGGAGCAAGGACUACAAGUCAUACCAGGUGCCCAAGGAGGACAUGGAACGGAAACCUGUGGGUGGAACUAAGAUGGAUAAGGACAUCCUGGCCCGCACUAUGGAGCAGCUGCGCAGUGGAGUGGUCCACAGGCAGGUGGUGUCUGGGAGGGAGUUCAAAGGUCGCCCUUUCAACAGCAAGCCAGAGGUCAUUCACUUCAAGGACUUUGAUAUUGGCAAAGUGUACAAGAAGAAGAUCACGUUGAUAAAUGCUACCUACACAAUCAACUACUGUAAGCUGGUGGGUGUGGAGGAGAGCCUGAAGGACUUCAUCCACAUUGACUUUGACCCCCCUGGUCCCAUGUCAGCCGGGAUGUCCUGUGAAGUGCUCGUCACCUUCAAGCCUAUGAUAAAUAAAGAUCUGGAAGGAAAUGUUUCAUUUUUGGCUCAGACGGGCGGCUUUUCUGUUCCACUGAAAUGUUCAACAAAAAAAUGUUCUCUCUCCCUUGACAAGGAGCUCAUUGACUUUGGCAGCUAUGUGGUGGGUGAGACCACAUCCCGGAUCAUCACAUUGACCAAUGUUGGGGGCCUGGGCACCAGAUUCAAGUUUCUCCUGGAUUCUGAGUUCUUUGAGAUGGAAGAACCCCAACCCGUCAUGAAAAUGAGCAGCGUCUUCACCUAUGAGGACAAAAGUUUUUAUGAGAAGAUCAUGAACAGUCUCUCUGAGCAACAGCUUGAUGGUGAUGGGUCCUCCCCACUGGACAUCCCAAGCCGAAAAGAAUCUGAGAAACUGGAUGAAGCAGAGGUUUCAGCUGUGGCCAGUGCCAUGACCAUGGUUCCUAGCGAGGAGCAGGCAGAGAUAACCCUGGGGGAGGUAACAGAGGGAGAAAUUGGCCCCUUCAGUUCCAUCAAAGUACCUAUUCUCUUCAACCCAGUUAUCCCAGGAGAAGUCCAGACUAAGUUCAAGGUUAUGUUUAAAAAUUCACAGUGUCCAACGUUAUAUUUCAGAGCCACUGGUAUUGCCGUAGAUGUGCCAGUUUGGGUACCAAGGGCCACUGUGGACCUGAAGAUCUGCAUGUAUGACCGACUCUACCAGGACUCUAUCAUUGUCCACACCAGAUCAAAAGCAGCCCUGCGCCUGAAGUUUGAAGUCUGCAAGGAGCUGAGAGGCCACAUAGAGCUUCUGCCAGAAACUGGCUACAUCCAGGCCCAGUCCUCCUAUUCAGUACAGCUCAAGUUCCUGCCUCGACACUCCCUCCCAGAAGAUGCAGGAAAGUAUUUUGACCAGGACAGUCGUGUUCUGGAGGCUCCGAUGACAAUCUGGGUGGCUGACCAGAUCAAACCAGUGGGCUUCACUGUCCAAGCCAUCGUCACCACCUCAGACUUGGAAAUCAGCCCCUUAGAGAUAAACUUUGGCUACUGUACCAUCUAUGAGGCUAUCAGGACAGAAAUCAGCCUCAGCAACCUCUCACUGUUGCCCCAGGAGUUUGGGUUCGUUGGACUUCCAAAGUAUGUGGACAUCCAGCCCAAUGAUGGGUUUGGGACAAUCUUGCCACUGGAAACUCUGCAACUUGAUGUGAUCUUCCAACCCAUUAAGGCCAAGGAAUACAGAUUUGAGCUGGUCUGCAAAUCCGAAAUAAACCGGUGCUUCAAGGUGUCUUGCCAAGCAGUAGGUGUCCACCCACCCCUGGAGCUGUCCCACUACCAGAUCAAGUUUUCAGCCACUGCCUUGUAUGGCACCACUGUGUCCACACUGUAUGUCAUCAAUUCUCACCUGAGCAUGAACAAACUGAUCCACUCCUUGCCUCGAAUUGGGUCAGAGGAAGCUACCCCAGUGGGACCAACAUCCUUUGAGUUCUUGGUGCCCCCUAAUUCACCCAUCACCAUCUCACCAUCCGUGGGAACUGUGUUACCAGGAAAGAGGUGUUUGGUCCAAGUGGCCUUCCAGCCUGUACUGCCACAUGAGACAAUCCUUGAGGAAGCCAUUCAUAUCCUGAACAAGGAAACAGAGACCAAACUGUUCCGAAAGGAAACAACCCAAAGGAAGGAACAGUGGAAACAGUCUCUGCCUGUGGUUCGGGUUCACAACCGGGACCGACCAACCCGGGCCUCUACUCCCCAUACCCAAGAGCUGCAGAGGCAGGAGCUCAGUGCCAGUUCCAAUGAAUACCAAGCUGCACAAGCCACCUUGGUCAGAACCUUCCAGGGGAAGUUUGACAGGUUUGUAGUCCCCUGUGUCGUUGCCAGUGGUGACAUCAAAGACAGGAAGGCAUCAGAACCUCUGAGCUUCAGCCCCUAUAACACUCUAUAUCUGGAGCUAUGGUGUCCAGUAGUGGCUCCAUCCAUUGUGGUGACAUCUAAUGAAGGCAAGACUGUCGUUAACUUUGGUGAUAUUGCUGUGGGGCAUCGAGGCAUAAAGAAGAUCACCCUCCAGAACAUUUCUCCCGAGGACCUUGAUUUGGAGUUCUCAGUGCUGAACCCCCAUGGUCCCUUCGUUCUGCUAAACCCUACCAGAAAGCUAUGUUCUGGCGAGACACAAACCCUGGUGCUAUCCUUCUCACCCCACGAGAGCAUACUGGCUCAGGAAACACUGGACAUCAUCUCCAAGAGAGGCACUCUCACCCUCACCCUUACGGGCACAGGUGUGGCAUCCAUGAUUACAUGCUCCAUUGAAGGCAACAUCCUCAACAUGGGCUAUGUGCUUGCCAGAGAAUCUGUCUCGACAAAUUUUAAGCUACAGAAUGAAUCCUCACUUCCCAUUAAGUUCUGGAUGCGGCUGGAGAGCCUCUCCAAAAAAAGGGCUGAGAACCGGCAGCAGCUACCAAAGUUCCUUACCUCCCAUGAGCAGAGGACCGAAAUUGUUGGCACACAGAACCACAAUGGCCAGAGCGUAUUCAGUGUUGUUCCAGUUGAGGGACUCAUGGUCCCUGGGAAGACUCACGAAUUCACCAUAACCUUCAGUCCAGACCAUGAGAGCCUCUACUUCUCUGACCUGCUCCAAGUGGUGCUCUUUGAAAAGAAAGUCUCCCACCAGAUCCUCCUGAAGGGUGCUGCCCGUGAGCACAUGAUGUUUGUGGAGGGAGGAGACCCACUGGAUGUGCCUGUGGAGUCCCUGACAGUGAUCCCUGCCUUCGACCCAGAACAUAGAGAAGCUAGAUCUCCCCCUCCAGAAGCAGAGGAGAUGAAGCCUAUUCUGGUGACCUUGAACUAUGUCCAGUUUGACACAGACAUGCCAACCCCACCUGCCACCCGAGAGCUGCAAGUGGGCUGUAUCCGGACCACCCAGCCAUCACCAAGGAAGACUGUGGAGUUCAUCCUGGACAGUAUCCCAUGGCUUCAGCACAAGGGCUUCACCAUCGAGCCUUCCAGGGGUUCUGUGGAGCGUGGUCAGACCAAGACCAUCAGUAUCUCCUGGGUACCGCCUGCUGACUUUGAUGUGACGCUGGGUUCCGCUGACAGCAACUGUGACCCUUCGGACCAGUGCCGCUGUCCCCGCAGGUGCCCGCCCCAGGCCCGCUGGAGCAGCUUAUGGCAUGUGGGGCUUAUCCUGCUUGCCAUACUCCUGAUGCUUCUGUGUGGGGUCACAGCCAGUUGUGUACGGUUCUGCUGCCUCAGGAAGCAGCUGCACACCCAGACACGCAUGCGACCCGCAUGGCAGCCCUGUGACCUGACAGUCAUCCCUGUGGACAGUGACAGCCCUGCACACAGCACUGUGACCUCCUACAGUUCCGUGCAGUACCCACUGGGAAUUCGGUUGCCCCUGUUCUUCGGGGAGCCAGACCCUGACUCAGUGGUCCCUCCCACCUACAGCCUGUAUGCCUCUGAGCUGCCACCCUCCUAUGAUGAGGCUGUGAAGAUGACAAAAGCCAGAGAGGAAGCAGUGGCUCCCUCUCAGAAACCCAACUCUCUGCCCGAGGCCUUGGGGCUAGAGACUACUCCAGGGCCCCAAGAGCCAGGCCCCAGCACCCAGCAGCCCUAACUGUGCCCCUUUGAAAAGGGCAGGAGUUCUUUCUUGUGGAGCCGUUAAACCGUAACCUGGAUCUGGCACUCAGAACCAAGGACCCCACCUGUGCCGUCCCUCCCCAGGGAAGGCCAGCCAUCCAGCACAUUGCUGCAGACUUGGCCUCAUUGCUAUGCAAUGCCCGGCCAGCCAGUCUGCCCUGUAUUGGCCCCUCCUCCUUACCCCUCCCACCUAUUUGGGGCCCAGCAGACCCUCAGCCCAGAGGAGCCUGAACCUUGAGAGCUGAGGCCCCACUGGCAUGUCAGCCCUUUGAAGAGAGAAUAAAGUUUAUGUGAACAUGG